CGAGAAAGAGCACGAUCGUCAAUGCGAUCAUGGCUGGCCGCGUUGGUUGCUCGUGGUCCAGGGCUCCAUUGCACCUCAAUUCAUCUGGGCCAUGCUCUGGCUCAACAGUGGACCUUCCGCCACUGCAGACACCUAGAUCGUGCCGGCAGCGUGGUGCAUCUUAGGCAGCGCCAUCUUCAGCGUUCUCAUCUACAUUUGCAGCUCCGAAAGCUGCCAGCCACGAUGGUACCCUCUAGUCAGCGUGCUGGGGUUUAUAAUGGGUGCUUUUUGGCUAUCCGUCAUUGCGGAUGAGAUUGUUUCCAUUCUCAAAAUGCUGGGGACCGUGCUCGGUAUCUCACCGGCGAUUUUGGGCUUCACAGUGCUAGCGGUGGGAAACUCGCUUGACGACUACUUUGCGGAUAUCACUAUUAGUCGGCAUGGCCAUCCAGUCAUGGCUUUUGCGGCCUGUUUUGGCGGGCCGUUGCUGAACAUCUUGCUCGGCUUGGGAUCUAGCAUCACCUAUGUCAUUGGACAGGAAUUUGGACGGAGCGGCAAGCUGACAGCGAUACCUUUCGCCGUCGACCCGGUCUUGACUCUAUCUACGGCUGUAAUAGUGCUGACACUCCCAGUACUUGUGACUGCGCUGGCAUUCAGUAGAUGGCAGAUGCGAAAAAUCAUUGGGGGCGGGUUGAUCAUGAUAGGGGGUUUACUGACCGUUGUAGCCGUCGUUAUGGAGGUAAAACAUGUAUCAUAGAUAGUACGAAGCCGUACAAGGACUGAAAGUGCUUGAUUCUACGUGUUUGAGAACCAAUGUUUUCGAGUCGUUACACCUUUGAUUACUAGGAGUGAUAUCAACUGUGGAUAUCACAUGCGCAGUGUCGCGGCUUCUAUCGGCAGCGCUUGUCUAAAUCGGGUGUAGCAGAACUACCUACUUCUGCCUAGCUCCACCUCAUCCGGGUUGCGCGGAAGGAAUGCGACGUAAGGAUCCCCGGGUUCUUCUUCA